AUGCGGACCGCAACUUCCUUCGUCUUAACUAUUGUAAUAGUCAACUCAGUUGAUGGGUUCAUAUGGCUUCCAUUUGUGAGUAUCUAUUGUGUGUCUGCUUUUAUCGUUCUUUGAUUCAGGCAAAUCUCGGUUCUAUGUUCGAAACUCUCAAACAGACAGCUUUUCACGAGAAAAUGGAUUUCAAUGAGCCAGAUUCAGCAUAUUCAUUUCUGGAAUUCGGUAUCAAGAGCAAUAAAAACUAAUUUUGAUUUGGUUAGGUUCAGGAAAGGAAUUUUUCAAUGGGCUCGGUCAUUUUCUGACUUCAUCUUUCGGGAACGAGGACAAAAUUAAACUGGCAUCUAAUUUGAGAGAAAUAUUCAAUCUAACCACGACAACAGCAGGUGGCAUGACUUAUUUGAACCUUCUUUCAAUCGGACCGUUUCAGCUUCUCCCAAGACCCCAAAAAGAUUUCGACCGAAAAUAAUUCCUGUUGACAAACCGGAAACGACAACGCUUCCAACUCCAAAACCAGUGCCAAAAGUGUUCACUCUUCCGUACACUACACCUCUCUUCUUCACAAGCACUCCCGCACCGGAACCGACAACCACAACCUAUGAUCCAAAACCAAAGUUCAGAUUUACAACCACUACGGAGCCAUUGAUUGUGAAGUUUGUGAAAACGACAAAACCACCGAUAACAACCACUGAGUCAUUAGAAACAACUGAAGAUGGUAACUAGAAUAUAGCGCUCCAAAAUUGUUGUACACAUUUCUUUAUUCAGACAUAAUUCGGUUCACUACUACCACUGAAAGAGUUCGAUUUGCCACGUUUUCUCCGAACAUUCCCAUCACAACGAGCCCUGUUCCAACAACUACAUCCACAACUACUCCGACUACUACCACAACGCCUUCCACAACAACUACGUCCACUUCUGCACCAACGCCUGCUCCUACCACUGCAACUACUAGUACCAGUACUACAACUCCAAAGCCUUUCACGACAGCUCCGACGGAACUGCCAAAGAUUUUCACGCGACCAACCUACCAGAUCUGGCCUACGACAACCAGGCCGGCCACAACAACCACCGAGCCAAGGUAAUAAAGACAUUGAAAUGAUCAAAUUUCAAAGUUACUUUUUCAGUUCUACCGAAGAAAUUAUCAGGCCAUCCUCUAUUAUUCGGAAUAACAUCUGGAAAAAGGUGACUCCCUCGGUUACUCCGGAAUACACGACCUCUAUUGUUUGGACUACACCCAUGACAAUUCCGACAGAUCCUCCGACGACAGAAGAGCCUUACACGCCUCCCAUGUCCUUCCCAACCCCUCCGAGUGAAUCACAAAUUGUUUAUAGCUCGACUGCUGGCAUCCCGUUUAUUAUAAAAGUAUGAUAUCAUCAAAACUUUUACGAAUGAUUUGUUAUUUAAGGCGAAAAAGUUCACGCGCCCUCCAAUUAACGAAAAGAUUGCGGUAACAUCAACUCCCCAAGUCAGUAAAUAUGACACAUGCGGUAAAGUUCACAAAGAUGAAACUCAUUUUGUGAAUUAAUAAAUUUCAGUUCCCGACCGGAGGUGUUCGAUAAAACUGAAGAGCUUUGAAACUUCGGAUCCACUUUUCCAGUACUGUUACAGUCAUUCCACAAUGAUUGAUGACUCUAUUCAAGAUCUUCUCAGGGUACGACAAGCUUUGAAGAAAAACGUAGCACGUACAUUUCAGGACACUCAAACCGCGUCAGUUCUUCCCCAACAUAUUUCUUGGCAUAGUUCUGUGACACCGGAAGUCGUUCAACUCGUUCAGACUUUAAUGUCUCUCUACAGACCUUCUCGAUGCCUUGUCAUCGGUUUGUCAGCAUGAUUAGACACGUGAGCAUUGCUAAUUAUAGGUGUAUUCACGGGCCUCGGUCUUCUCGGAAUCGCAGAGAGAGUUGAUUCACGGGGCAUCGUAGUGGCACUCGAGCACCCUGCUUACGCCGUCUUCUGGGAUAAAGUCGGGCAAAAGCACGCGCGUAAACUGACCGCCACUCAAAUGUCGAGAAUUCAAAUGAGAACUUCUGAGAGCAUUGAAAAGUCAUUGCCAAGGCUAGCUACCAACGAACCGAACACGUUCGACUUUGUUUUCUUGGAUGAUUUCAAGAGGGAAAACUAUUUGGAUGACUACGAGCAUGCAAUCAGGCUGCUCCGAAGUGGAGGCCUUUUGAUUAUAAACCAGGUUUUUCGAAGUCUUCAUUCACUAGCUAAAUGCAUCUCUUAAGGCACUGAACGGCGGUGGAGUUAUGUCUUCAAUUGAUCACAUGACUAAUGAUGACAGGGUCAUUCGAAACAUGAACAUACGCAUCAAACAAGACCCACGGGUAAAUAACGAUGGUGUCACCCCAGAUCUAAUUUUGGUUGCUCUUCAGGUUUCGGCGUCGCUUCUUCCUUAUGGAGGUGGAACUUGGAUCGUCGCCAAGAACUGA